UAAUUCAUUUUGCAACAGGCUGCAGUGACUCAAAUGCCAGAUCUUCCCCAGACAGCCAAAAUCUCUGCACUGUGAAAGCUGGGCACUAAAGAUACGAUGCAGGCAGUCCACCUACAGUUGUUGCAGGAAAAGCUGGCCCGCGCGGAUUCAGUGGUUCGCAGUGGCACAUGCAGAACGCCCUCAGUGACUCGGUGGAGAGCUCCGAUGAUGAAUUCUUUGAUGCGCGAGAGGAGAUGGUGGAAGGAAAAAAUGCCAUUCUCAUAGGCAUGAGCCAGUGGAACUCAAAUGACCUUGUUGAGCAGAUAGAAACAAUCGGGAAGCUGGAGGAAAAUCAAGGUGAAUUAUAUAAAGCCUCUUUAAGAAAACAAAGAUUCCCUGCACAAAGCAGUAUCGAAAUACACGAGGACAAUGAGGAAGAAUCUCAACACCAGAACUGCAAAACUCAUGUGCUGAUUUUGAUCCUGCAUGGUGGGAACAUCUUAGAUACUGGAGGAGGGGACCAGAACAGCAAGCUGGCAGACAUCAACACCUUCAGUUCUGUGUUUGAGAAGGUGACCCAAGCCCAUUUCCCUGCUGCUUUGGGCCACAUCUUAAUCAGGCUUGUUCCCUGCCCAGCAAUCUGUUCAUCGGCCUUCUCUCUUGUUUCCAACCUGAAUCCCUACAGCUAUGAUGAGAGCUGUCUCAGCAGUAGUGAAGACCACAUCCCGCUGGCUGCCUUGCCCUUGCUGGCCGUUUCAUCCCCUCAGUACCAGGAUGCAGUUGCCAUGGUGAUUAGCAGAGCCAACCAAGUUUAUAAUGAUUUUCUCAAAUCUGCAGAUGGGGCUGGUUUUAAUGGGCAGGUGUGUCUCAUUGGUGACUGCAUAGGAGGAAUUUUGGGUUUUGAUGCCAUCUGCUGUAAUGCUAAUAUGGCUGAUGAGAGUCAGAACAGUAGCAGGAGAGGAAGCAUCAGCAGCAUUCAGGAUAAUACCCUCUUAGCAGAGGACUCUAGUCUGGGUGGCAGCAAGCGCCUCAGCAAAAGCAAUAUUGAUAUCUCGGGAAUCGUGGAGGAUGAGGAACCAAGACAGUCGCUACCACGGAAACAAAGUGACUCAUCCACUUAUGACUGUGAUACUGUAACUCAACACCAUGCUUUCCUUUCUAGCAUCCACUCAAAUGUGUUGAAAGAUGAUGCAGACUUUCCUCCUGUGAAUAGCUCCAGUCUCUCAGAAGUAAACUUGGGCCGAUUUGAAUUCGAGGUGUCUGAUUUCUUCCUCUUUGGAUCGCCACUUGGUUUGGUGCUUGCCCUGAGGAGUACUGUUCUGCCUACCCUGGAUGUAUGCCAGGUCCGCCCAGCCUGCAGCCAAGUGUACAGUUUCUUUCACUCUGCUGAUCCUUCUGCCUGUAGACUUGAACCAUUGCUGGAGAAAAGAUUCCAUCUCCUGCCUCCAUUCAAUGUCCCACAGUAUCAGAGAUACCCCCUGGGGGAUGGAAAAUCUCACCAGUUAGGUGAUGCUAUACACAACCACAGUGCUCUGUUCCUUGAGGACAGCUCUUUGAACAUACCUUUCCCUCAGGAGAGUUCUGAAUUUCUAAAUCUAUCCAGUCAGCUGCAGGGAAAAUCAAGGAGGUCAAGCUUGGUCAGCACAAAGAGCGAAACCUCGGGAUCAACAGAGAGUUUGCCAUCUGCAUACCUCACCAACAUUACUGCCAAGUGGUGGGGAACAAAACGGAUAGAUUAUGCCUUGUACUGUCCAGAUGUACUGACAGCAUUUCCGACUGUGGCCCUGCCACAUCUUUUCCAUGCCAGCUACUGGGAAUCAACAGAUGUUGUGGCAUUCAUUUUGAGACAGGUGAUGAGGUAUGAAAAUGUUAAUUUCAAGGAAAGUGACAGCCUGGAUCCAGCAACACUAAGCCCAUCCAAUUCACGAGAAAAAUGGCUACGCAGAAGGACACACGUCAAGUUGAGAAAUGUGACUGCCAAUCACCGAGCUAAUGAUAUAAUUGCAGCAGAAGAUGGUCCACAAGUAUUGGUUGGGCGCUUUAUGUAUGGGCCUCUGGACAUGGUAGCUUUAACGGGUGAAAAGGUUGAUAUCUUCAUCAUGACUGAACCAUCUUUGGGUAGGUGGGUGUAUUUUGGCACAGAGAUAUCCAACAGCAGUGGUCGAAUAUCGUACAAGAUACCCAAACAGAAGAGGCUCAGCGUUGGCGUGUAUCCUAUCAAAAUGGUGGUCAGAGGGGACCAGAGCAGUGCCACAGGUUAUAUGACUGUGCUUCCCCGAGGAAUGGAAUGUGUGGUCUUCAGCAUUGACGGUUCGUUUGCAGCAAGUGUGUCAAUUAUGGGAAGUGACCCCAAAGUCCGAGCUGGAGCAGUUGAUGUUGUUAGGCAUUGGCAAGAUUUGGGAUAUCUAAUCAUCUAUAUCACUGGCCGUCCAGAUAUGCAAAAGCAACGUGUAGUUUCUUGGUUGUCUCAACACAAUUUUCCACAAGGAAUGAUUUUCUUCUCAGAUGGGCUUGUUCAUGACCCACUGCGACAAAAGACUAUUUUUCUCCGGAAUCUCAUGCAGGAGUGCCACAUCAAAAUCUGUGCUGCAUAUGGUUCCAUGAAAGAUAUUUCUGUAUACAGUGUCUUGGCUCUGUCGCCAUCUCAAAUCUACAUUGUUGGACGAUCAACAAAGAAAUACCAGACACAGUGUCAAUUCCUCAGUGAAGGUUAUGCAGCCCAUUUGGCCUCACUAGAGUUCAGUCUCCAUUCACGACCCAAAAAAAACAACUCUCGGAUGAUUUUGAGAAAAGGCAGCUUUGGCCUCCACUCCCAACCUGAGUUUUUGCGCAAGAGAAACCAUCUCCGCAGGACUAUGUCUGUGCAGCAACCUGACCCACCUUCCUCGAACCCCAAACCAGAGCGUGCCCAGAGCCAGCCAGAAUCAGACAAAGAUCAUGAUAGGCAUUUGCCCUCCAUUGCAUGGGUCCGAGGUGGAGUUCACAAAUUUGAAUCUGUCCCCUAGAAAGCUCGGAGAUAAAGAUCUUGGGUGCACUCCCUUAAGUUUGUAGGCAUGCUUCAGAGGUAGUAUUUAGGCAGCUUCAAAAUAGGAGACUGGGGGAGAUCUGUACCUCAGUCUUCCCUCCUCUGGAAUCUGCCUUCUUACACCAACCUGGGAACUUCCACUUUUUUUUUUUUGCUUUUGACAUGUUUAUUGGGAAACUUUAAAACGAUCUGAAACUAUUGCAAGUGCUUCAACAUUGCAGUAACAGGAAAUGUCUUAGGCUCUUUUUUUAUAAGAAAUAUAAUAAAAUGUGCAAUAAGAGGGAAAAAGCUGUAGCAGGUUGAUUUUGCUCAAAGGAAGGACUGUGAUACCAACUAGCUAGCCGUGCCCAAAACAGUAUAGAUAGUAGGUCCCAGAGGC